AUGAAUAAUGAAACGAAUGCCGCUUCGAAGAAAGACAACAACGAAAACGAUGAUGGAAGUAGCGACGAGAGUGAUGAGGAAAGCUUUACGGAAAGCCGAUGGAAUGCCCAAAAGGCUAGCCAAUCGCUUCACUUCCUUUCGGAAUCCGAGAUUAGAACGGCAAAAACAAGAGAACCUUCCCAUCUUCUCGAAAAGAAAAUCUAUCGUCGUGCCCAACCGUUGCAUGUGGACGAUACUCGUGACACCACCAUGACGACAGCAAACACCAAUGAUUCAGUGGCCCAGCAUUCUGAAGUGGAAAAGGCUGUCCUCUUGGAUUUUCUAUCCAAAAACUUUCUAUUGGAACAUCUUGAUGAAUCACGGCGAUCGGACUUGUUGACAUCAUUUCAGCGAUCCAAGGCAACAAAACAUGAAGUCUUGUACUUCCAAGGCUACCCGGCUGAGUACUGUUAUUUGGUCUAUUCUGGCGAGGUAGCUCUUGAAGUCAACGGAAAGCCCAUGCUGCCCAAUGGUGAUCCAGAUGGAGACAAGGACGACGCUGAAAAGGAUGAUGACGAGGACGAUUAUCAAGUGCUGGGACAGAUGGCUGCUUUGACCAAUCGUCCCCAUACUGAAACUGCAAAAGUCACUUCUGGAACAUGCACUGUCUUUCUCCUCGACAGAAUGACACUUUUACGAGCCAUUAGACGUCGUCCCAAAUCGUUAUCCCAAUCAGAGCGUGUCCGUCUGCUGAAAGCCUCGGUUACGUCAGAUCUAUUGGAAUAUUUGAAGGACGAUGAAGUCGCCCUAGACAAACUGGCAUCUGCAAUGACUAUACGGGAAUUCUCGAAUGGAGAAACAAUAUACCCUAUUACCGAUAGUCUAACGAUUGUCACAGAGGGGACGAUACGAGCGUCAAUUGAACGCCCAGGGUAUGACGAUUUCUUCAUCGGUCCCAAUGAACUUCACAAGAGCUUUGGAUGGAGGACAUUUGAGGCGCAUGCACGAGUAGAAGGAAAGAUGUUAGCUGAGUCUGAUGGGAAAAUUAUUGUUUUGCCGAGAGAAGCACUGCUUCAUGCAUUUGGUGCUCAUGGCGAGGCACCGGUUGUGUUGGAGCGCCUUGCUGCAAGACGUGCGGCUCGAAUCCAACUUAAGCAGAUUCCUCUCUUCCACGAUUCAGAGCUCAGCAAGAUCCAAUUGAACGGAUUGCUCGAUCUGAUGCACCACUACGAGUAUGGGAGUAGUAUUCAUGCUUCGAGUACUUUGGAGAAGGAAGGAGACAAAGAGGGACAAGAAAGUCCAGAUCGAACUAUCAUCGCAACCCCUAAAGAUACCAUGAAACCAGCUCUCUACUUUGUGCGAGAUGGCAAAGUGACAUUGGAACGAAACAAGGGAAGGGACAUUGAAACUAUCGAAGAAGGCGGAUACUUUGGAGAAAAGAUGAUGCUCCUGGACCAGAAUACUGAUGGUCGAAAAAAACACCAAUUUCGUUCGAGUGCGACAAUUGUUGCCCAUGCCAAUACGAAGCUAGACGUUCUGUAUUUGAAGGACUGUCGGAAGGUUGUGAAUACGACUUUGUUGGGACUGGGACAAGCGGUUCCUAUCACCGCUCUGGAUGAAUCUAUUCAAUGGAAAGACGUCCAACGGCAGCAUGUAUUGGGCUGUGGUGGGUUUGGGCAAGUGUGGUUAGCAACAGUAUCGACAAAGGUGUCACCAGCGGAGGACAGUUCCAACAAUGACGACUGUACUGUAAGCAAAAUGAAAGUAGCAAGGAAAGUCGCACUGAAGGUUCAAUCGAAAUCGAAGCUCCUCGAAAUGGGUCUAGUCAAAUCCAUCAACGCCGAGAAGAAUAUAAUGUCAUCACUGAACUCUCCAUUCGUGAUGAAGCUUUUCAGUACCUUUCAAGAUGAAUCAAGACUUUACAUGGUAACAUCAUUGGUGGAAGGCGGGCAAUUAGAGGACAUUGUGCCGCCGCGGGGACUAUCUGAGGAAAUUGCUAAGUUCUAUGCGGCGGGUAUAUUGGAAGGGCUGGCUUAUUGCCAUCGACACCACAUCAUCCACAGGGAUGUCAAGCCUGGAAAUGUCUUGAUUGACCGAAAUGGCUACCCUGUUCUGAUUGAUCUAGGGAUGGCGAAAUACGUUCCUGACAAGACCUUUACUUGGUGUGGUACACCGUUCCUUGUUUCGCCUGAGGUUAUUCGUAUGGAAGGCCACGAUAAGGCUACAGAUUAUUGGUCAUGGGCUGUCAUGGUUUACAAACUUGUGACUGGAAAGUAUCCGUUCCGUGCUUACAAUGAAGAGGCAUUGUACAGAAAGAUCUGUAGAGGAUCCUUUGCGGUUGUUGGAUCGUACGAAUUUCGGUCGCUGAUGGUUGCUAUUCUUUAUCCAAAUCCAAGGAAACGAUUGGGAUCUUCACCACAAGGUUGGAAAGACAUCUUUGCUCAUUCAUGGUUUCGUCAAGAUGAGAUAUUCAGUUUGGCGAGAGUGCAAUCUCAAGAGCUACCCGCGCCAUGGCUCCCAGAAUCGAAGAAACAGGGGAGUGAUGAGAGCAAUUCCAAUGAACCCUACUUCCUGCCACCUGGAGGGAUGUUUGUUGAUCAUGAUGAUUUGAUGAAGGAACAAGCGUACUUGACAGAGGAACAACAGGCAUCGUUUCAGUCUUUCGGACCUUAUAUUUCAGACUAA